AUGGCUUACAUCUAUCAUCUACCAUGUGAGCUACUGCUCGAAAUAAUGAUAUAUUGCAACUCGGAUGUUCUUUCACUUGUGAAAGCUUUCCCUGUCACCUUGCAUGUCCUUCUCGAGAACCGAAAAUUGUUUGUUACUCGUAUGUUGGCUCGUUUCGGCGACGUGGAUCUUCCCUCCUUCGCGUUGGCAGGGCGUCUACGCCAUAUGAGACAGCAACCAGGCUUCCACACUUUGUCGAACUUCAUGGUUGAGAGACAUCUCGAGACCCUUCUUGACCAGAAUGCUGAAGAAUCUGAGCCACCAUGUUUCCACAGGUUCUCGCUCGCAGCACUCUGUGUAUUGUUGGAGGUUGGAGAAGAUGCAAAAAAUAUUUUUGACACAUAUCAACAGCAACUAUCAGCAUCAGCAACAAGAAUACUCGGUGCUGAGCUCACGCCAGAGGAGCUUCAACGUGUUCAGUCGUUAAUAGAACUAACACGAGAGGAGCGAAAGCUGUUUAUGGACGCCGCUUUCAACUAUGAAAGUCAUUGCCUGGCUUACUACCGAGGAAACCGAUUUUUGUUCUACGUCAGCAGUGGGAGAUACUUCAACUAUGGAGGGACGAUACGAAAACAAUUUUUUGCCAGACAUCUAUGGAUGCCUUGGUCCAGUCGCAUGAAUACCUUUGGUAGGUUUUACUGCAUUCGUUUUUACAUAUUGCAGAAACAUUGGGAUCUACUGUCGAUUGUUGCUAAACGUCUCGAAUCUAUCCACGGCAAGGUCGAGUUACAAAUCGAUUGGUUCAUGCAACCUGACGAAAGGUACUUGUUAUACUGCUUUCAGAACAACGAUUUCUGUCAGCAGCUGAAGGAAUACAUCUGCUUCCUUACCUCGCAAGGUCUAAGCAUGCUCACAAGACUUCAGAGAAUAAGUCACCGAUGCUUGGCCGAAUUCACUAUAACAACCUUCAUUCAGUUCACAAUGAAUAGGGGUGACGUUCGCAGUCCGUGGCAUUUGGAGAGGGAUGAGUGGGCGUGCCUUAACUCUACACUCCCUCCUAGAUUGAUGAACCUUGGCCAGAACAUAUGGGAGGACAUGUGGAGUCAUGAGCAUCCCCUCCGGAUGGCAAAUCAAAACAUGGUGCCAUAUCGUGUAAACUCGGGCGACGAAGAACAAUGGGAGAAUUUCUGGUUUCUGAUUAGAGUUAGCUGA